AUUUUGUUGGUCUCGAAUUUUAAAGGGACGCAGUCGCGGGGAGCGUUUCUCCUGAAAAAUCGUACUAACCUUACUGAAUAAUUAAUUUCUUUGGACGAGAGAACUACUACUUCCUCCGUUCCUGAGUUGAUAUUUUUCUUUAAAAUGGCAGUGGUUAAAAACAAAGCGAAACAUUCUGGGAGUUACAGUUCUAGCGCUCCUUGGACCUCGCGGUCUAAGCAAGGGCUCUCUGCAGAGCCCCUCCUAGCUCGCGUGCUUUGGGAGCUGUCCUGGGCCGUUGGAAGGGAUUGGCCUGGGCUAAAGUAUCUAAAGACCCUAGGAUUGCUGCAGGUCAACAGUCCCCACUGGAGAAAAAAAAUCUUGAAUCUAGGUGGCGUGCAUACAACAGCAGCAAGACAACUGAUAAUUCAAAAAUAUCAAGAGGAAACACUCUGUAGGGAGCAAGGUCUUUCUCUCGACUACUGGCUUGCCAAAGCGGAGUCUUAUUAUAAUAAAAGAAUAAUGGAAAUGAUGAAAGAACAAGAGACAGGCAAUGAAAUCAAGAAGAGAUUGGAGGGGAAAACGACCCAAAUUAUAGAAGGACAAAAACGAUAUUAUUUGGUACCUGAGAGAGAAGUGAAACAUGUAGAAAUGCACAUACAUCGAGCAGGACAGGUCGGAGAGUUUAAGAAUAAAACAUUUAGACAAUUACCACCACGCCCUAGUGAAAUAAAAUUGCCCAAAAUUGUACCAGAAGUACAUGGCAUCCAGAACGCACAGAGAAGAAAGCAGGUAAAUGAGAGGGAACAGAUGCAAAUUAAAGCUCACCAGGAACGCAUGAUUCGAGGGAGAGAACUUGUACAGCAAAAACUCAAGGAAGGAAUCUUGAGAAAAGACCAGAGCCAGCCUCCUAUACGUGAGAAGCAUGAGAGUGUAAAGAAAGAGAUAAAAGAGUAUGAAAGCGUUAUUGCAUAUCCACUUUUCCAGCCAUGCAGUAGCAGUCGGAUUAAAGUGAAUAUUCUUAUGGAAAAGUCUCAGAAUAGAGAAGACAGUACAAUUAUCAAGCCAUAUCAAAGAAGAUUCUUAACUAUGCCACCCUUUUUGAGAAGUCAAAUAGGAAAAAUAAAAGAUUCAGUGAUUUCAUGA